AUGGUGCUCAGUUCCACUGAGCCGUGUGAGGAUAGGGCAAAGAUACCUAUUAAAGUGUUUUAUUCAGCAGGGAGCUAUGAAAAAGCAAGAAGAAAACUCAAAAGAGCAGAAGAGACUUCCAACUUGUCCAGUGAUUCAGAUUUCAAUGAAAAUAGAAGGAAAAGGAGAAGGAAAUAUGAAGAUCCUAUCGAGAAUAUACCUACCACUUCCAGGCAUAACCCUCAGAUACUAGUGACAUCGCAUUGCGCGCCCAAUAAUCCUCCUCCUGUCACACCUCAUCUGAAUAGCCAAGUGUCUUCAUCAAAUGAAGGCAAAACAUUCCAGAGAAAGGUACUCAGGAUGUUAGAAGAAAUUAAGGAAGAUCAGGCAGAACUUCAUUCCAUGAUUCAAAGCCUUACAAAAGCUGGAUCCUGUUCUGCUAUUCCUGAAGAAUGUGUUUUGCCCGUGAACAGCCCUGAAGAUUUAAACCUGUUCAAUGAAUAUUUAUAUGGCAGGGAGAAGUUUUCACAGAUUUGCACAUAUUUUGGCUCGUUUGGAGGUCAUACCUACAAUAGCUUAGUAAGAAGAAUACUACAAACAGUGAUGACCAACGAAGUGAGCUUGCAAUAUAACUGGAAAGGAACUGGGGGGAUAAAGUUAGCAUUCCAGAAUUUCCAGAACAUAAUUCAAAUGAUAUCAGAUUUGGGAUGGUACUGGGGUGUAUGA